AUGUCGCGUGCCAUGCAACCUUGCAUCAAUUGGGACAACAAGGUUCAGCCGCUGGUUCGCUGUGCCUUUCCUGAGCCCCCAGCUCCCGUGCUAAACAAGAGUCUUGCAGCUAAAGUGCAAGAGGCAUCUCGUCAUCCUUGGGGACUGAUCGAUCAUCAUUUAUAUCUAGCAGCCAUUGAGCGAGGCAGGGAUUGCCGCACUCGACUUGACGGUUGCAUGCUUCAGGAGGGCGAGAGAUUCCGUAACGUUGGUCUCGAUGAACUCCUUGACAUUAAUGCAUCCGCCCGCCCUUUCUCGACAUAUCCCCACCUUAUUACUUUUAUGAAUAUGCCCAUGAUGCCUUUGUCUACUUUGGCCCCGUUAACUGAACAUAAACUCGUCCUGGGAUUUGACCUGCAGCGGCAGCAUCUCCUGGGAUAUUUCUUCGAGUCUGCCCCCGAUGAUCUGACUGACCUAUGCUAUGUAUGGCACCAAGGCCAACUAAUUAUUGACAUUCACAUUGACCGUUUUCUGGAGAUGUACCAAUACACCGUGAAGAAUCACUUGGAGAUCGGUGGAGUGGGUAUGCUCCGGUAUUUUCGCGAAAGCAAGCGCGAGCUCCCCACCGGCAUGGACCUGGUGGUGACUAUCCAGUUCGCGCAAUUCCUCCAAGACUACGCCGACUUAGUGUGGGAGGACAACAGCGCUGAAUUUCGAAGCCAGCAUGCAGACUCCGAGGAGUGCCUUCGGACUCUCCUGUCCAAGGCCUCGUGGGAAUCCUGGUUCGCUGUGCGGGACGGACUAACACUCCAGCAGUACCGACAAAAGAAAAUGGAUAAAAUGAGCCAGUUGGCUUCGUGUGAUUUGUUAUUCGACCGGCCCUCCACUGUGCCAAGCAUCCCGUCUGCUCCGCCACUUCCGGUGAUAUCAAGCUUGUUUGCGAGGCCAAGAACUGCAACUGUUCUGCGGAAUAUGGCUCCGGUAUUGGAACAGUUGCAGACUGUUCAGACACAGAUGCUUCACGCAUUCUUUGCGUUGAUGUAUGUCUUUGCGCUGAUCCCUUAG